UUUUUUCUGUAAAAAAAAAAAAAAAGCCAAAAAACUGGGGCAGGACAGAGGGAACCAGGGAAAAGGCUGUUUAGAAAUACAGUUUGUGGCUCUGAGCGAUGCCACUGGCUUCCUCUACAGAGACUGCCAGUUUCCCUUUUUCUUUGCAAGGUGUGUGUGGUUUUAAUAAAUAACUUAAAAAAAUAAGAGGGGGGCCGGCAAGAUCUGUCAGGAGACAGGUAUCUAUUUUGCUCACUAUUUACUACCAAGAGCCUUUGGCACUGGAACAGAACCUCGUAAAUCUGCAGCCCAAGUUGAAGUUCAUCUGGCCCUAGUCCACACGCUAUUCCUGGAGGUAGCAAACAUGAGCUCAAAGGAAUGAGGUGAAAACACAUUCUUGCUUUAAAAUAUAUACCUUUUUUUUGGUUAGGGAGAAAGAAUAUUGUCUCUGGGGCAGAAGGAAAUGGAAGGAAGGGCGCCAGGAGAUGGGCAUUCCCUUGCUAAAAUGACUUCAGUUGGGUCCUCAGGCUGAAAUAGAAACCUGUAGAUGGGAAAUAUUUCCUCCUCCCCCAACUUAUAAAUAGAAGUUUCCAAUAUCCUAUUUGGAAGACUUUCCAAUACUUCAGGCCCAAGCAUUGGCUUAUCUUAAGGGUCUGCUGUUGGUAAGGCCAGAAGCUGUUGGUAAACUGGGGAGCCUGAAGAGAAGGAAGCCAGAAGUGGGAAUUCUCCAGUUGGCCUUUUCUUCUGCGCUCACUUGUGCAGGGUUUUACCCCAUGCUUUCUUGAAAAGAUUCUCCAGUUUAUUCUGGGUUUGCUGGACAGGGAUGGGACUCUAACUCUUAAGCUGUCGUUUCCUGAGCCUUAAAGAGUUCCAGUUAUUGGUUGAGUAAAUGGUAGCCAGGACUAGAUGUCAAAAUCCUUCCUUCCCUCUCUCCCCUGCCCGGUAGCCACACUCACAGCCCACUUUAUUGUGAAAAACUUGAAGAGAUUCAGAGGAGGUAAUGCGGCAGCGCCACCCCUUGGUGGGUGAAACUCUCUGUUUGCAAAAGUCAAAUAUUUGAAAAACAUUGUGAAAUGACCUUAGGAGGAAUUUUUUUUUUUUCUUUAGAAAGGAGAGAUAAAGCCAACUUUUAAAACAGGACUUUGUAGUUGAUUUCUCAAAUGGGGUGGAAAAGUGUUGCUUUCCAGCUAGGAUAGUGUCCUAAGAGGCAAAGAAGUUCCUGUGUGUGUGGUUAUGUCUGUGUGUGUGUGUGCUUGUGUGUGUGCGCGCGGGGGUGGGGGGGGGGCUGCCUAGUAGGCUUUAAGUAGGUGAGUUCUCCAGAUGGAGGUAGCCUCCUUCCCCCUUGGACUUGACUUCUCAGAGCACCUGAAUUCUGUUGCCAUUCUGACACUGAGAUAAGGAAGAAUGUCUUGGUGUAAAAACCAACCAGUGAUUGGAAGUCCUGUAGUUUUGCCGGCGGUGAUGGUGGCGUCUAUGGCAGCUGGGUUGGGGACGGAGGUUUGUGGAUGGCGUACGGGGCAAUGUAAGCUGGUCUGUAGCUGGCUUUGGAGCAUUCUGGGAGUCGAAGUACUGUGGCGCGUGCCGGCUUUCUGCACUGCGCAACAAGUGGGAAUGCCGCCGCAGUGAUCCGAACGAGGGUGCUGUGUUGUGGCGAAGCCGGCCCCUUUCUCUUCGCCCCUUUGGAAGCCAGGAAUGGCUCUUCCCAGUCCUCCCCGCCUCCGGGUCUGUGAGCAGCAGCCCCGCCAAAAGACCAAACUCACCCCCUCCCACUCCCCCCACCCCCGCCUUUACUGAGCACUGUAAGCUUGGGUAGAACCCUGCCCUUGGCCUCCAGGACCCCUCUUCUCCAUGGGGAUCAGGAGUUUAUUCCCGACUUUCUUUGCUGUUGGACCAGUGUUUGCCAAGAAGCUCGCCUAAUACCUUCGAGUUCCGUUCUGCUUUUUGAAGACAAGCGCACCCUUUCCUUCCCUUCUAAUACAUUCAGCCUUUGGGACUGGAAAAACCAACGUAUAAUACGUGAACGCAGCUCCAGAGACCGCGUUGUGGUUGGUUGCUAGAGGAGUGAGCAUCGGGAAGAACGGAAUUACAUCCACUAAAUUAAAUGCUUUGCAGCGUUGCUUAUAGAAGCAACCUCCUCCCGCUAACAGAUUAAAGAAAAAAAAAAAAAAGUGGGGGUGGGGGGCAGUCGGUUGUGGAAGGCUGUGGCUGUGCGGUGAUUUUCGAACGGACCGAGUCUGCCACCUAGUGGUAAAUCGUAGCGGAGUCCCCCCCCCCCGCCUAGGGCGGCGGACCGACCCUGUCACCUUCAGGUCUCCAAGUAUCCCUACCAGGUGCUAGGACUGACAGAAGAGGGCAACAUCCAAUGAGGAUGACAUCUGACCUCCAACAUUUUGGAAAGGUAGAUGACAAUUCGGAAGUCUUCAUAUGUUUGCCCGGCCUACCGUCGCUCAGCGAGUGGAAUCUGCCUCCACUAAGAGAAUUUUAAGCAAAAUUUUGGACUGUGAAUCAAGGCAUUGGGUGAAGACAAAAUGGCCUCCCCGGCUGACAGCUGUAUCCAGUUCACCCGCCAUGCCAGUGACGUUCUCCUCAACCUUAAUCGCCUCCGGAGCCGUGACAUCUUGACUGAUGUUGUCAUCGUGGUGAGCCGUGAGCAGUUCAGAGCCCAUAAGACAGUCCUCAUGGCCUGCAGUGGCCUGUUUUAUAGUAUCUUCACGGACCAGCUCAAAUGUAACCUGAGUGUGAUCAACCUGGAUCCCGAGAUCAACCCUGAGGGGUUCUGCAUUCUCUUGGACUUCAUGUACACGUCCCGCCUCAACCUGCGGGAGGGCAACAUCAUGGCCGUGAUGGCCACGGCCAUGUACCUGCAGAUGGAGCAUGUUGUGGACACUUGCCGGAAGUUCAUCAAAGCCAGUGAAGCAGAGAUGGUGCCUGCCCUCAAGCCUCCCCGUGAAGAGUUUCUGAACAGCCGGAUGCUGAUGCCCCAGGACAUCAUGGCUUAUCGGGGUCGGGAGGUGGUGGAGAGUAACCUGCCGCUGAGGAACGCCCCCGGGUGUGAAAGCAGAGCCUUCGCCCCCAGCCUGUACAGCGGCCUGUCCACCCCGCCGGCCUCUUAUCCCGUCUACAGUCACCUCCCUGUCAGCAGCUUCCUCUUCUCUGACGAAGAGCUGCGGGAUGCCCGGAUGCCGGUGGCCAAUCCCUUCCCUAAGGAGCGGGCCCACCCCUGCGAUAGCGUCAGGCCCAUCCCCGGUGACUACAGCCGGCCAGCCAUGGAGAUCUCUCCCGGUGUGUGCCACAGCAGCAUCUACUCCCCCAAGGAGGCGGCCCCAGAGGAGACACGCAGUGACAUGCACUACGGUGUGGCCGAAGGCCCCAAGCCUGCCGCCCCCUCGGCCCGGAGUGCCCCAUACUUCCCCUGUGACAAGGCUGGCAAGGAGGAAGAGAGGCCCUCCUCAGAGGAUGAGAUCGCCCUGCAUUUCGAGCCCCCCAGCGCGCCCCUGAACCGCAAGGGUCUGGUCAGUCCACAGAGCCCCCAGAAGUCCGACUGCCAGCCCAACUCGCCCACAGAGUCCUGCAGUAGCAAGAAUGCCUGCAUCCUCCAGACCUCUGGUUCGCCUCCAGCCAAGAGCCCCACCGACCCCAAAGCCUGCAACUGGAAGAAAUACAAGUUCAUCGUGCUCAACAGCCUCAACCAGAAUGCCAAACCGGAGGGGCCUGAGCAGGCCGAGCUGGGCCGCCUCUCCCCUCGAGCCUACACGGCCCCGCCAGCCUGCCAGCCACCCAUGGAGCCCGAGAGCCUUGACCUCCAGUCCCCAACCAAGCUCAGCGCCGGCGGGGAGGACUCCACCAUCCCUCAGGCCAGCCGGCUCAAUAACAUUGUCAACAGGUCCCUGACAGGCUCCCCCCGCAGCAGCAGCGAGAGCCACUCCCCGCUCUACUUGCACCCUCCCAAGUGCACGUCCUGCGGCUCUCAGUCCCCCCAGCAUGCAGAGAUGUGCCUCCAUACCGCCGGCCCCACGUUUCCCGAGGAGAUAGGAGAGACCCAGUCUGAGUAUUCGGAUUCCAGCUGUGAGAACGGGGCCUUCUUUUGCAAUGAGUGUGACUGCCGCUUCUCUGAGGAGGCCUCACUCAAGAGACACACACUGCAGACCCACAGUGACAAACCCUACAAGUGUGACCGCUGCCAGGCCUCGUUCCGCUACAAGGGCAACCUCGCCAGCCACAAGACCGUCCAUACGGGUGAGAAACCCUAUCGUUGUAACAUUUGUGGAGCCCAGUUCAACCGGCCAGCCAACCUGAAAACCCAUACUCGAAUUCACUCUGGAGAGAAGCCCUACAAAUGCGAAACGUGUGGAGCCAGAUUUGUACAAGUGGCCCACCUCCGUGCCCACGUGCUCAUCCACACUGGAGAGAAGCCCUAUCCCUGUGAAAUCUGUGGCACCCGUUUCCGGCACCUUCAGACUCUGAAGAGCCACCUGCGAAUCCAUACAGGAGAGAAACCUUACCAUUGUGAGAAGUGCAACCUGCAUUUCCGUCACAAAAGCCAGCUGCGUCUUCACUUGCGCCAAAAGCAUGGCGCCAUCACCAACACCAAGGUGCAGUACCGCGUGUCUGCCACCGACCUGCCCCCGGAGCUCCCCAAAGCCUGCUGAAGCAUGGAGUGUUGAUGCUUUCCAUUCGAGUCCCUUCUCAGAAUCUACCCAAAGGAUACUGUAACACUUUACGACUUUCAUCCCAUGACGUAGUGCCUCUUUCAUCCACUAGUGCAAAUCAUAGCUGGGGUGGGGGUGGGGGGAGGGGCGUGGGGUUGGGGGGCCAAGGCAGCUUCCCUUCCCCUACUGCCAUAAAACAUUAAGAAAAUAAUAUUGCUUCUUCUCCUAUGUGUAAGGCAAACCAUGUCAGCAAAAAGCAAAACCAUUUUAUAUAUCAAAGUGGGGGAGUAGGCAAAAGUUUUGACUUGACUUGGUCUGCAAAAUGAGGAAUGUAUAUGUUUUGCGGGGACAGAUGUUUCUUUUGUAUGUAAAUGUGCAUUCUUUUAAAAGAAGAGACUUCGGUAUGUUAUCAAAGAGAGGGCUUUAAUUUUUUUAACCAAAGGUGAAGGAAUAUAUGGCAGAGCUGUAAAUAUAUAAAUAUAUAUAUAUAUAAAAUAAAUAUAUAUAAACCUAAAAAAGAUAUAUUAAAAAUAUAAAACUGCGUUAAAGGCUCGAUUUUGUAUCUGCAGGCAGACACGGAUCUGAGAAUCUUUAUUGAGAAAGAGCACUUAAGAGAAUAUUUUAAGUAUUGCAUCUGUAUAAGUAAGAAAAUAUUUUGUCUAAAAUGCCUCAGUGUAUUUGUAUUUUUUUGCAAGUGAAGGUUUACAAUUUACAAAGUGUGUAUUAAAAAAAAAAAACACAAAAAGAACAAAAAAAAGCUGCCGAAGGAAAAAUGUGUAGUUUUGUUCUAGUUUUCGGUUUGUAUAUACCUGUACAACGUGUCCUACGGUGCCUUUUUUCAUGGAAGUUUUCAGUGAUGGACGAGCGCGCCAUCCCUUCUGAAGUGUAGGCAGACACAGGGACUUGAAAUUGUCGCUCACUAAGCUCUCCUUGGGAAUGUUUGUCUCAUCACAUUCUGCGUCAUGCUUGUGUUAGAACUAUUCCGGAGACAGGGUUUGGCUGUGUCUAAACUGCAUUACCGCGUUGUAAAAUAUAGCUGUACAAAUACAAGAAUAAAAUGUUGAAAAGUCAA